AUGGUACAGUUCAUGUUCAUGCGGGUGAAGUUUGGUUGUGCCCGGACCCAAAAAUACAGCAAGAAGAGAAAGCAGCAGCCCAGCUUGUGUCCGGCUUAUUUUGUGUUGCAAUAUAAGGAGGACAUAGACCGGCUCGUGAUCAGCGAACUGAACAGCAACCACGUCCAUGCGGACCCGGUGUUUUCCCUGACCAGAGCCACCGCUGUGACGGCAAGCGCCGCGGCACGUGAGGGCCCUGCUACAAAACUGCGUAAGCAGCAGCAGGCGGGUGGGACCGACAGCGGUGCUGCGGCGGAUGAGGACUCGCACGUGGUUGCGGGACAACCGGUGGACGGGGCGCCUGCUCUGUACAGGGCUCCCACACUCCCUGAGGCAGCGAAGGAAAAUGCCUCGGCCUCGGUGCUCGUCAGGGUUGCUGAGGUCAUGAAAACCUUCCUGAGGGUAGACAGGGGCUCGCUGGCCUCAAUUAGCGCAGACAGCGACCACGGCCUGGACAGACUCAGCUUCCAGACCAGCAAGAUGAAGAGCUCGUUUAUGCAGUUCCCCGAGAGCCUCCUGCUGCACAGGGUGCCGAGCGAGGGGAGACACGUCCUCUACGCUUUCCUUGUAGAGAGUAAGGAGCGAGUGGGGAAAGUGGUACACUUGUCACUGCUGAAGUACGACGCAGGACACAGCGUCAGGAAAAUGCUGACCGUCUUCAAGGAGUUCAACCCCGAGUGGCAAAAGGUCCAGGCUGUUUUCGUGGACGUGUCCUUCUUUCACAAAGCCAUCCUCCACGAGCUCUUUCCCUCUGCCCAGGUGCUCCUUUCUGUCUAUCACACUGUCCGACUCCUUGAGAAGAACGUGAGGGAAGCAGAAAUCUCCUCUUCCUUCAAGCAGAACUUGACGCUGGCCUUGCAGAAGGCCGUGUUUUCCCCUUCGGCUGCAAGCCUGGAUGCCCUGUCCCAGCUGGUGAAGCGUGUGGUCAGCCCGGAGCUGUACGACUACCUGCAAGCCAACUGGUUCUCCUGCGAGCUGCUGUGGUGCAUGCACGCGGAGAAAGGGCUGCACUCCUGCAGCACGCACAUGGACAGCCUGGACCUCAUCACGCACCGAAUAUCCAGUCUCUUUGGCCAGCAGCCAUCCUUGGAGGCGAGCGUUCUUUGUUUUCUGGAGUGUGCAGACUGCCUUGAUUCCACAGGCUUGGAAAGCCUGAACCAGGGUUUCUCAAGCACUGAGGAGGACAGUCGGAGCAGCCUCCAGGAGGAGCCUGACGCACGUGCCGGUGCUGCAGCAGCAGAACCAGGUCCCGUUUCUGGCUCUCUGGCUCUUGCCGAGUGCCCCAAGCCCGCUGGGCAGGCUGCCGCAGCGGGGACGGGCUGUGUGCUGGCCACGCUCCGGGAGAGCUGUACGGACCUGGGCUCCUGGCUGUGCCUGAAGGAGUGGGAGGUGGUGCAGGCGUCCACCCAGCUGCUCAGCCCCGCGCCGGGCAGCCUCGCGGUUCAGCUGCUGGAAGACGUGCACCGGGUGAUGCCGAGUGCCCCAAGCCCGCUGGGCAGGCCCGCAGCGGGGACGGGCUGUGUGCUGGCCACGCUCCGGGAGAGCUGUACGGACCUGGGCUCCUGGCUGUGCCUGAAGGAGUGGGAGGUGGUGCAGGCGUCCACCCAGCUGCUCAGCCCCGCGCCGGGCAGCCUCGCGGUUCAGCUGCUGGAAGACGUGCACCGGUCGGCGGGAAGCCUGUCCCGCAUGUACGGGGCGUUCAGGGCCUUCAACCCCGCCUGGGCCGAGACCCGGCUCCUCCUGGUGGGCCCCGGCCUCCCCCAGCCGCCGGCGCUCGCCCAGGCCUUUCCCGCAGCAGAGGUGCACCUCUCCGUCUUCCACCUCUGCAAGCGCCUGCACCGGCUGGCCUUGGAGGGCCGCGCCGAGCGCCUGAUCCUGGCCGCCCUGAGCGACACCAUGUGCGCAGCCACCGAGAGCAGCCGCAGGAAGAUGCACGCCCUCCUGGGGGACCUCGUGACACCGGACUUGCUGCCUCAGCUCCAUAUUCACUGGCUGCUUGAUGAUGAGAUCUGGGCCGUGCACAGGGAGAGGACGUGGGGGGACAGCAGUAACUACUUUAGGGACCUGGAGGUGGUCACCCAGGGGUUAAGCCAGGUUUUCAGCACUGGGCUCUCUCUGGAGAGCUGCAUCACCUCCUUAGCCCAGCACUACCAAAAGUGUGUUUCUAAGAGCCCUCCUGAUACCGCGACGUGCUCCACUACCCGUCCUGAUCACCGUGCUGCUCAGGCAGCUCCCCAAAGCCUGCCUGCCUUGGGUCUGCCUCUCGCCCCUCUGGCAUGCCAGGGGAAGCCAUCUCAGAGCUCUGUCCAGGCCUGCCCCACCACGGCAGCAGCUCAGCAGCAGCAGCCGGUGGCGGCCUCUCUCACAGCUGCUAAGAGCCCCGUGAUUGUUCUCCAGAGUCCACCGGCAGCUCCUCGGCUCCCCACGGCUCUUCAGCGUCAUCCUGAAAUCCCCCAGGCUCUCCUCCUCCUCCGGAACGAGCCCGCGAGCCCUCAGUCCUCAUUAGAUCCUUCAUCUCCUGUGGCCAAACUGGAGGCCACGGAAAACCCGGAGGGUGACAGCGAGGAGGAAAUUAACCGAAGGACUGAAGAGCUCAUCAAGCAGUCUUUGAGGGAUAUUUGCGCGGAGCCUGCUGCCAGGCUGUGCCUGAGCGAGUUUGCGGUGGUUCAGAAGUCCGUGCAGCUGAUAGGCGCCGGGGAGGACGCUCUCAGCAUACAGGUCCUGGAGGAUGCCCACAGGGUGGACCUGAAAGGCCUGAGUAGCUGCACUUGCCACUUCAACCAGGUCUUCCAGCUGCCCUGCCGGCACAUCUUGGCCGUGCUGAAUUCGGACAGGAAGACCUUGCAGCCAGAGAUGCUCAGCAGACAGCGGCAGAAGGGACGCGAUGCCCAUCAGGCCGGGCGAGACAGUGCUGAUGGCCUCUUGGAGGUCCUGAAGAGCUCCUGGAACAAGUCCUUGGAUAAAUCCCUGGUGGUGUCCUUCCUCACGGCGGAGAUCAGCCGGCUUCUCACCCACUGCAGCAGGGAGGAGUUUGAGUGCAGGUACAGGACCCUCCGGGAGCUGGCUGACAGCUGGAUCGGGCCCUACGUCGAGGUGAAGCUGUAGCGCCGAGUGGGAGCCGAGCUGGCCGCUCUGUGUGCGGGUCCUCGGGAGCAGCAGGGCAGCAGAUGUGCAGGAGGCCUGUUCAUCACUCCACCGGUGUCCCAGCUUCCCCCUUUACUCCCCUCAGCCUGUCACUCCCUCGGGGCUCGGCAUGGAAGGGGCAGUUUGGGUCCUUUAUCUGCCGAGCAAGCAUCGCCUCUUGCACGGGGCAGCUGAGGAACCGGAUUGGGAACUCCAGACCGCGCUGGAAUGGGUAACCAGCCGCUGACCUGGCUAACAGGAGAUGUGGCUGGGAGCCAGCCAUGGGUGGUGCGGCGUGGGAGAUGAUGGUAUAAUAACAUGUGACAAAAUUACUUGAUCUGUGGCCAGUGCCUGCAGGUCUUUCCAGCAUCCUGCUGCGAUGUGUUGUGCAACAAAGCCAAUAAAUCGGCCUUGUAUCGCUC